AUGUCGUGUCAAAAAUUUGAAAGCAAGAAAAAUGGAUUCCAUAUCUAUCUAUCUAUCUAUCUAUCUAUCUAUCUAUCUAUCACAGCCUCUUCAGAUGUAUCUAUCACAGCCUGUUCAGAUCUAUCUAUCUAUCUAUCUAUCUAUCUAUCUAUCUAUCUAUCUAUCUAUCUAAUUCUGUUACUAUGUAUGUAUGUUAUUCUGUUUCUAUCUAUCUUAUUCUGUUUUUAUCUAUGUAUGUAUCUACCUUAUCUAUCUAUCUAUCUAUCUAUCUAUCUAUCUAUCUAUCUAUCUAUCUAUCUAUCUAUCUAUCUAAUUCUGUUACUAUGUAUGUAUGUAUGUUGUUCUGUUUCUAUCUUAUUUUGUUUCUAUGUAUGUAUGUAUCUACCUUAUUCUCUAUCUAUCUAUCUAUCUAUCUAUCUAUCUAUCUAUCUAUCUAUCUAUCUAUCUAUCUUAUUACGUUUUUCUAUCUAUCUAUCUAUCUAUCUAUCUAUCUAUCUAUCUAUCUCCGAGUCCCGCAUAGACAAACUAGAAUCAUCAUUCCCACAAACGGUGUCUGUUCCAAUCUAUCUAUCUAUCUAUCUAUCUAUGUCUAUCUCAAUCUGUUUAUAUCUAUCUAUCUAUCUAUCUCAAUUUCUUUAUGUCUAUCUCAAUCUGUUUAUAUCUAUCUAUCUAUCUAUCUAUCUAUCUAUCUAUCUAUCUAUCUAUCUAUCUAUCUAUCUAUGUCUAUCUCAAUCUGUUUAUAUCUAUCUAUCUAUCUAUCUAUCUAUCUAUCUAUCUAUCUAUCUAUGUCUAUCUCAAUCUGUUUAUAUCUAUCUAUCUAUCUAUCUAUCUAUCUAUCUAUCUAUCUCAAUUUCUUUAUGUCUAUCUCAAUCUGUUUAUAUCUAUCUAUCUAUCUAUCUAUCUAUCUAUCUAUCUAUCUAUCUCAAUCUGUUUAUAUCUAUCUAUCUAUCUAUCUCAAUCUGUCUAUCUAUUUCAAUCUGUUCAUAUCUAUUUAUGUAUCGUUAG